UUGGUGUGCUGUCGUGAUGUGCUGUCGUGAUGCCGUCCCCGUCCAUCCAUCCGGAGUCCAUAGCCGUCCUGGUGCCAUCCAUCCUGGUCCCAUCUAGUCUAAAGGCUUUGGUUAUAUAUAUGCCCUUUUGUUCUUUUUGAGUUUGUGUACGCAUAUCUCGUUUCUUGUAUGGAUCUUGUAUUUUGUAUUUUGGAUUUUGUAUUUUGUAUUUUGUAUCUCGUUGCUCGUUUGUUCUAUAGAUGUGUUGUUAUGGUGUUCGUAUGUUCUGUUCGUAUGUUCUGUUGUUAUGUAUUGUUGUUAUCUUCUAUCCGUAUGUUCUGUUCGUAUGUUCUAUUCGUAUGUUCUGUUCGUAUGUUCUAUUCGUAUGUUCUGUUCGUAUGUUCUGUUCGUAUGUUUUGUUGUCGUGUUUUGUUGUCAUGUUUUGUUGUCAUCUUCUACUCGCAUAUUCUAUUGGUAGGUAUGCUUUGUUUGUUGUUGUUGUUGUUGUUGUUGUUGUUGUUGUUGUUGUUGUUGUUGUUGUUGUUGUUGUUGUUGUUGUUGUUGUUGUUGUUGUUGUUGUUGUUGUUGUUGUAUUCUAAUCUCAUGUAUCAAUGAUUACUAUCAAUGAUUAUUUACAUUACUACUGGAAAGUGCUGAAAGUUUGGUAGGUCGGUAGGUAAGUGAGUAAGACUACAUGCUUUCGCG